AUGAUGAUUUCGGGCCCAAGACAACCCGGAAAUGACAUAGAUGUUUAUCUAAAUCCCCUAAUUGAUGAUUUAAGAGUGUUGUGGGAGCAAGGAGUUGAUGUUUUUGAUGCGUAUUCUGGAGAACAAUUCAAUAUGCGUGUCAUGUUGUUUUGCACCAUCAACGACUUUCCGGCGUAUGACAAUUUGUUUGGGUAUAGUGUUAAAGGGCACUUAGCGUGUCCUAUAUGUGCAAAAGACACAGAUUUCAAACAAUUGAAAAAGGGAAAGAAAAUUGUGUAUCUUGGGCAUCAGAGAUUUCUAAACUGUUAUCAUCCAUAUUGUAGAUUUCGGAAAGCUUUCAAUGAUCACCCGGAGAAUGGUGUUGCUCCGGAGCCCUUAACUGGAGAGCGAGUUUAUGAACUACAACGAGAUAUUAAUGUUGUCUUUGGAAAGGACGUUGGAAAGGGCAAAAAAAAGUCUGAUGUGGAAGAAAAAAAGUCUGAUGUGAAAUUUUCAUGGAAAAAGAGGUUGGUGUUCUUUGAUCUUCCAUAUUGGUCCAGUCUUGAUGUAAAACAUUGUAUUGAUGUGAUGCAUGUGGAGAAAAAUGUAUGUGAUAUUGUAAUCGGAACAUUUCUCAACAUUGCAGGCAAGACAAAGGAUGGUAUAAAUGCUCGUCUAGAUAUGGAUUUGAUGGGUAUACGAAAAGAGUUAUUACCACAACAAAUAAAUAACAGGACAUAUUUGCCACCAGCAUGUUACACUUUGUCUAAAAAAGAGAAAACAAGUUUUUGUGAGUGUUUAAAAAGUAUCAAAGUGCCGCAUGGUUACUCAUCAAAUGUCAAUAAGCUUGUAUCAAUGAAUGAUCUGAAAUUAAUUGGCUUAAAGUCUCAUGAUUGUCAUGUGUUGAUGCAACAACUCCUACCCGUGGCUAUUCGUGGGAUAUUGCCCGACAAUGUUCGGAAAACUAUAAGUAGGUUGUGCUUAUUCUUCAAUGCAAUAUGUUGUAAAGCCAUUGAUCUAUUGAAGUUAGACGAGUUGGAAAACGAGGCUGCGGUUAUCUUGUGUCAAUUGGAGAUGUAUUUCCCUCCUUCAUUUUUUGACAUUAUAGUUCACUUAAUUGUUCAUCUAGUACGAGAGAUCAGAUUGUGCGGACCCAUUUAUUUAAGGUGGAUGUAUCCAAUGGAGCGAUAUAUGAAAAUACUAAAAGGGUAUACAAAAAAUCUGCACCGUCCGGAAGCAUCGAUCGUUGAGAGGUACAUUGCAGAAGAAGCUAUUGAGUUUUGUUCAAACUAUUUGUCAGAAGUGGAUGCUAUAGGGGUUCCCAAGUCUCGUCACGAUGGAAGAUGUGAAGAAGUAAAGGAUGAUCAUAGUACCAUGCAAAAUAGUGGGGUUAUGAUUGUGGCCGAGUCCAUGCAUUUCUCUAGUUCCAAGGAUAAAACCCCGGUUAUGGCAUCUACACCCUACUAUGGGGUGAUUGAAGAGAUUUGGGAGGUUGAUUACGUUAUGUUUAAAGUGCCUCUAUUUAAAUGCAAGUGGAUUAAUAUUAACAGUGGUGUACGAAUCGAUGAAUUAGGAUUUACAUUGGUUGAUCUUUCUAACUUAGCUUAUACCGACGAACCUUUCAUCAUGGCAUCCCAAGCAAAACAAGUGUUUUAUGUUAAAGAUCCUUCGCCUAACAGCAGGUGGUCGGUGGUUUUACAAGAAAAAAAUGUGCAAGGUAGUGAUGAAAAUCAAGAUGUGAUUCUUGAUAUUUCCGAAACUCUUCCUUUCUCAACAAAUGUGCCUACCUUCGUUGAAGAAAAUGAAGAGGAUGAUGUGCAAGCUAUUCGUUCGGAUCAUCAAUAA